AGCGGUGCUGAGAGCCGGACAUGGAGCUGCCGGAACCUGUCCGCCUGCGGCUGGGGAACUUCAGUCGCACAGUGUUCAGCGACUCAAACCGAACCGGGCCCGAGGACAGCGGAGGUCCGGAUAAUGAAAUGGUUUCCAGUUUGGCAUUGCAGAUGUCACUUUAUUUUAACGCUUACUUUUUCCCACUUUGGUGGGUCAGCAGCAUUAUAAUGCUUCAUAUGAAAUAUCCAGUUUUGCCUGAUUACUACAAAUUCAUUGUGGUCACUGUUAUCAUCCUAAUAACCUUAAUUGAAGCUAUCAGGCUGUAUCUGGGCUACAUGGGCAACCUACAGGAAAAGGUUCCUGAGUUAGCUGGCUUUUGGCUUUUGAGCCUCCUGUUGCAGUUGCCUUUAAUUCUUUUCUUGCUCUUUAAUGAAGGCCUAACAAAUCUGCCCUUGGAAAAAGCCGUACACAUCAUCUUCACUAUGUUCCUUACUUUCCAAGUUGUUUCAGCAUUUCUUACCUUGAGGAAAAUGGUAAAUCAGUUGGCAACUCGUUUCCACCACCAAGACUUUGACCGUCUUUCUGCGAAUAGAGGAGGCAUGAGAACAAUGAGAUCCUGUAUAGAAGAGAUUUGACCCAGUACCGUUUAGUGAAAAUCUGUAAGGACAUUCUAGAAGACUGCCAAGAGUUAGGAAAACAUCAGAGAUCUAGCAUGAGAAAAAGGACAAAGCAAGUGUUUGGAAUUGUAUACUCUCUAGCUCUGAAAUUCCAAGGUUGAGGGCAUGAUAGACUGUAGUACAUGAAAGAAGUAAGUCAGCCCUAACACCUGAUGCCAAAUAUCUUAAUUUUUUGGUGGUGGUUGGCUUUCUCAGGUGUGUGUAGAAUUCUGUGUUGGUGGUCACAGUUUAACAGCUUUACUGUAAUAUUUUGUUAGUACCUAUAACAUUUCUAGUUAGAAAGGUGUGUAUUUCUUUUCAAUUUGUUAGCUAUCUAUAUCUUGGCAGUAUAUCUGAAGCACAUGGAAAUGCUUAUCAGUAUUCUGGUGUGUCUGACUUUGUAAACCAGGACACCACAUUUCCAUGUCUGCUAAGGUUAAAUCAUAACCCUAGUCUCAGCUGUUAUCCUGAGAUUAAGAAGAAAACAAAUGCAUUAUCAUGGUAUUUAGGAACUAUUUUUAUAAUAAAAUUGUAAUUUUCAUAAAACCAUGUUCAGUAUUUGU